UGUACUUUUGUGCUUUAACAAACAAAUUCUGGUCAAUAAAUUUGUAUUUUCUUAGUCUCUAUGGAAAUUCUUUAGUCUCAUUAUUUAAUUCGUUAAGUAAAUUAAUCAAAUUAUUCACAAAAUUUUCUUCAUUGAACUCGAAGAAUUAGUUAGAUAUGUUCCUGAUCUAACCUAAUCUUGCUGAAUCGAUAUUGAAAGUGACGCAAAGAUGGUAAAAUUCUGACACAGGCGAGGAGUAAACACAGCUUUAUAUAAAUAGACUUAUUAUUAACGAGGUGUCGUCUGCGAUUCUUAGACUGUGUGAUAUAUAUAAUCUUUAAUUAGCUUAUAUCUCAUUUAUGGAACAAGGCAUUAAAUGCGAUCGACGAUAUAAAUACGACAUACCUAAAAGCUGAAAAUGUACGCAAUGUCUUGAAUCAACGAAUGGAAAGCCCAUUUACGGGCCUAAUUUUAUAGUGUGAAAUUAAAAAAGAGACACUGUAUCUUCGUGAUGUUGUCAGAAGUUGACGUAUUUAUUAGUAAUUAUACUCUUGUUGAUCCUGAUAUAUAUCAGCUUUGGGUCGAUGGUCAUUCAUCAAGCGAAGCAGUGAAUAUCUUGCAUCAACGAGGGAUAUGUCAAGAAACAAAUGCCCCAAUUGAAUUAAUAGCUUCUGAUAUUCUCGAUCAUUAUCGGACUUAUGCUCUCUUGGAAAAAUUACUUCACACACCUACUAAACUAGCGAGCGAACAGCUCGCAUUUCAAAUAGAACCGCAAACUAGUCAAAUGCUUAUUGAAAUGUAUUAUGAAUUCGACGAUGUUGUUAUUAGAGAACUAUUAGGCAAAAAGUUAACGUCAAAGAGUAGAAAAGAUAUGGAUGAAGUAUCGGAGAAAACAGGUAUUACAUUAAAGAGUUGUCGCCGGCAAUAUGAUAAUGUGAAAAGAGUGUUCAAAAUAGUUGAAGAUUUACCAGGUUCUUUGGCUGCCAAUAUUGAACAACAUUUUUUACUCUCUGAAGAUCUUGCUAAGCGAUACGCUGCUGUAGUAUUCAUAGCAUGUCUUCGAUUUGAGAUGAACAAGAGAAAACUUCAGUUCUUAACAUUUCCUGACUUAUACCAUUGUGCCAACAGUAUGAUGUCAUCAUGGACAUAUCGUUGCAUUGGAUCAGAAUAUUUUGACACUGAUUUGGAUAGAGAAUUUCUAUUGGAAUUAGCAGAGUGCAGAGUGCUUUUAGAAAAUGACAAACAUCAUAAACAUUUGGUAUGCAUCAAGCUGAGACCUAUGCUUUUAGAACGUUCAUAUCAAGAAAUAGAUACAAACUUUCGUUCAUAUACAAGAGCUAUCUUGGGAAUAGGAUGUAACCUUCAUCGAUCCAGAGAUCUAAGAUUUUUUUUCUUGGAAUUAGUAGAAAGAUGUAUAGAACCAUGGCGUCAAGUAAAUUGGACACACAGUGAUCUCAGAAAUUUUUUGUCAGUUUACACUCAAUGUGCACUGGAUAUGGACGUACUUAGGGAUAAUGAAUUGAGAGAUGCAUUUGAACGUUAUAUGACUGUCGUUACAUGUUGUUUAUUGCGUAUGUAUCAUACAUGACUAUUAACAGAUGAAGAAAAUGAAACACAAAAAAUUAAUGCAAUUGGGAAUGAUGAUAAAUAGAGUGAAUGAUGAUGAUAGAGCAUGAAACAAAUAGAGAAAAUUGUAAUUAUAUUGGAAUUUAUUAAGUUUUCAUAAUAAAUAAUUAAUAAACAAAUGCGGGACAUUUAUUUGUUC